AUGUGCGUACGAAGCGUCUUUAUGGAUGAGAAGGAAGACGCCUGCAUAGCCCUGGGAGAAAUCGCUGUCAGUGUGAGUAUGCCCUUCCUGCCUUACAUCGAGACCUCGUUCCAAGAAGUGUCCCAGUUGCUUCCGUGCCCCCAAAUUCAGAUACGGAAAGCCGCGUUCAGAGCCCUGGGGCAGCUCAUCAUUUCGCUGCAUCAGGUGUGCAAGCAAGAGCCGUCCGAAGUUCACGUGGCAGUCCAGGGCCUGGAAGGGGCCUCCAGCUCUUUCGUGUGCCACCUGCUCCCUGCGCUGUUGGGGGCGGCCCACGACAAAGACCAGGAGGUGUGCAGCAACGCCGUCUUCGGGCUGGGUGUCCUGGUGGAGCACAGCAGGGAAGCCAUGUUCGAACACUACCCCCAAAUUCUGGCGCUUUUAUCCAACCUCAUUUCUCAAGAGAAAAACAACCGAGUAAUCGACAACGUGUGUGGAGCCAUCGCAAGGAUGAUAAUGGCCAAUCCUGGAAGGAUGCCCAUUGAACAGGUUUUCCCUGUCCUGCUUCGCGCCCUGCCACUGAGAGAGGACUUUGAGGAGUAUAAAACCAUCUACCGUUGCAUCACCUUUAUCUAUGAAAAUGACCCAUCGCAGGUAUUGCAAAAGAUUCCGGAGAUCGUGAGAAGCAGCGGAUCCGUCCUGGGUUGCAAGAAUCUAUCGACAGAAGCCAGGAACCUCCUGAUCACGUUGCUGGCCAGCCUCUCAGCCCGCUACCCCGCCGAGUUUCAGACAGCCAUCCUGGCAAACCGUCCGGAAGUUGGCACUUCAAUCCGCGCGGCCAUCGGCUCCGCUUAAAAGCAGCCAGGAGGGGGUGCUCUUUUCAAACUUUCGAGGACUUUUUGAGGCCGGGCCAUUGUAGGUUUUUUUGGCGGGGGGACGGGGGGGGGGUUGUUGGCAGACUGGAAUCGAUCUUCAUCUCCGGUUUGGAUCCCACUUUCGGCACCUCUGCCCAUCCCAAAAGCAAAAUCCGGCGUGCCAAAUGGCAACCCGGGGGUGGCUGAGUUGGUAUUGCUUCGGUUUCAAUAUCGUUUGGCUAUUUUUUUCACUGUUAAGCUCUUUCCUCCUCCCGUCUUU